AGAAGAAGAAGAAACCUCCCUACGCAGAAGAAGAACAGCCGGAAUCGGUCCAUCAUAAUCAUAAGACACCCAUAGCUUGGCAUAUCCGCAGCUACACUCCAGAGACCGACAGCUCAUCGUGUGUCUCGGUGCCGCCCGGACUGGUUUACAAACCGCCGCGAGGAUCCAGCAGCCGCCAUGUCUUCCAGGAAAAGAUGUCUCCCGGGCGAUAACGGUAACGGUGAGCAGGUCGGACCGCUGCCCGCCUGUAAGCAGGUCCGCGCGCCCAGCAAUGGACACGUCGCCGCCGUGAUCCUGGCGAGAGGAGGAAGCAAAGGGAUCCCCCUGAAAAACAUCAAGAUGUUGGCCGGUGUCCCGCUGCUCGGGUGGGUGGUGAGGUCUGCUGUGGACUCCGAAAUGUUUGAAAGUGUUUGGGUAUCAACUGACCACGACGAGAUUGAGAAGGUGGCGAAAUCCUGGGGCGCCAAGGUGCACCGCAGGAGUCCUGAAGUCUCCAGAGAUGCUUCAACGUCACUGGAAACAAUCCAAGAGUUUGUCAGGCUCAACCCAGAGAUUGACGUGAUAUGCAAUAUUCAGGCUACAUCGCCGUGCCUUCAUCCGUUCCAUUUGCAGAAGGCCUUGAAGAAGAUCACGGAGGAGGGCUUUGAUUCGGUCUUCUCAGUGGUCAGGAGACACCACUUCCGCUGGCAGGAGGUCAAGGACAGAUCUGAUGAAAUGACCAAGCCGUUGAAUUUGGACCCGGCUAACCGUCCGCGGCGUCAAGACUGGGAUGGAGAGCUGUGUGAGAACGGCUCCUUUUACUUCACCAAAAGAGACCAAGUGAAAGCGGGAAUGCUGCAGGGCGGUAAGGUAGCCUACUACGAGAUGCUGCCAGAGUACAGUGUUGACAUCGAUGUGGACAUCGACUGGCCUGUGGCAGAACAGAGGGUUCGCAGGUAUGGUUACUUCGGUCGGGCCAUGCCAGAGGUGGUUCACCUGAUGUUCUGCAACGUUUCCGGAUGUUUAACAGACGGAAGAAUCUUCCUGUCUGUGUCUGGAGAAGAGAUGGUGUCUGUUAACACCAGAGACACAGAGGGCAUCCGCAUGCUGCAGAGAGAGGACAUAGAGGUUGUGCUGUUGACCUCUGACCUGGACCCCAUUACAAAGUCGUUGGAGGACAAGCUGGCCAAAAGGACGGGCUGCCGGGUGAUACAAGUGGGAGAGGAGCCGCUGGAUGUUCUGAAGCCGAUAGUGGAGCAGAAGAAGCUGGAGUGGAAGGAUGUAGCGUACAUGGGUAGUGAAAAACAGGAUGUCAACUGUCUGAACCUGGCGGGUUUGAGUGCAGUACCUAAGGACGCUCCGGUCGCCAUGACUGCCGCCAAGUACAUCUGCCACAGCUUUGGUGGAAUGGGAGCCAUGAGGGAGUUUGCUGAGCACAUCCUCCUGCAGAAAGAGAAAGCAAAGGCGAAGAUGGAUCAGGACCGCAUCGACCGCUGCAACUUCUAAUUCAAAAUGUGAAUCAAUUAAAACCGCAAGAAAAAUCUCCGGAGUUGGUGCAGUUCAUGCACAAAGGAUAGGAGUAAUCAAACGGUGCACUUGAAAAUGUUGUAAUAUCUGAGACACGUGUCUAAUUUUAGAGAUAGAAUUAAAAUAAUUAACUCUGUUUACAGUCAAGUCUCAAAAAAUCAACCUUUUUUUUAUGGCCACAAAAUGUGAAAUUUUUACUAAUUUUCUUUUACACUGUAAAUACUACAACCAAAUCAGAAGUUCACUAACCUUAGUUUAUUGUGGCGCUCGGUGCAGGAGGCCGAAUUCUCCUCGUCCGCUAAGAUAGAGCGUGAAGACACAAACAGGAUGACCCCACGACCAAACCCCAAACUACUAGACUGAAAACGUCUAUUCUUAUCUUUUAAAACAACAAAACACCAUGAAACAACCAAAAAUAAGCAUCGAAUAAACAUUUGUUAUCGUUAACCAACGUCAGAUUUACCUGUAACUUAAGAUCUUAAAGGUACCAACACCAAAUAGUGCCCAAAACAUCUUAAGGUAUGAUGUUACAAAACACAAAACAUGUUACUGUUAUAAUAUAGAUAGUACUAUUAGAGAUAGAGUUGUAGUUUAUAUAUUGGGUGAAGCAUUUUAAACCAAAAUGUAAUUAUGAGUUCAUUGUCCUAACAAGUUCUGACAAGUUCUCUCGACUGUUUCUACCCAUGAACAUCACCCCUUGGUUGACUAAUUGUCCCUGCCAUGCAGUGUGUAUCCCCUCAUUUGUAAUUCUCACGUGCCCUGAAAGCAAUAAUUUGAAAUUUUGUGAAAUAUAUUUAUUUCUUCUUGAGAGUAAGAUGAAAAGAUCGAUUCCACUCACGUCUGUCGGGUAAUAAUGUUAUUAGCAAGCUCAACAGCCUUUCACCUGUGCAGUGCUAGCAGGGAGUUUUUGGACUAUUUUACAACUCGCUAAUUUUCUCCCGUAGUAGCUAUGCUAACGGUUGUGCUAACUUGAGCAUCACUGUCUUUGAGAAGCUGUGUUGAAAUCUUUUUUUUUAAGCUAACGUAAAUGUAGCGGUAUCGCGUGAAACUGGACAACCAACAGCAUUCAUUGCUUACAAGCACGUCAUGCUAGCUUGUCAGGAAGGGGGUAAAUUAUGUUCCAAAUUUAGGCUUAAUUUUGGCACGGUAACAAGAUAUCUGAAUGAAUUUGGUAUCUAUGGGUGCCCACGAGUCUCCCCUAAACUUCAGAAGGCUUGUUUGUUCCCAGGAAAUGUUUUUUUUUGCUUAUAAUGUACUCUUCAAAUUAAGGGUUAUAUUUGUCUUUUUAAGGACAACUAACCUGCAUCUGUUUGCAUAUUUGCAUUGACCUUGUAUGUAAUCGUGCCGCACAAGAUUCACUUUGUUUGGACAGUUAGGUGGGUUUAAUUGAGUGGUAUCGAUCUUUUCAUCUAACUUUCAUCAAGCAGGUAAUAAGAUGUAUUUUGCCACAAUGCUUUGCUGUAGCUUUAACUUGUUUAUUUUAUUUCUGCUGCUGCGUAGUGACCAUAGUCGUAGCCACUGUGACACCACGUGUACUCCGGUUUUGAAGCCUUUAAAUUUAGUCGUGGCCAUCUUGGGUUUUUGGAGCCCAAAGUGACCAUAUUUGGAAGAGAUGGUGUAGCUGACUCAUAGACGCCUUAAUAACAUUUAAACUAGUAAUAAAAAUAUUCACCGUCUGUACAGUGUGCCAUGAAGGGGGAAAUUAGCUUUAGAGACCUAAAGCAUAUUUUGUACCAGGCCGUAAACUGUUUAUUACUGCUGUAAAGUCAGACGUUUUAAAAUGGGAGUCUAUGGGAAUUGAGGAGCCAGCCUCAAGUGGCCAUUAGAGGAACUGCAGCUCUUGGCACUUCAGCGUUAGCUUCAUCUUUCAGCCUCUGAGGCUGGUGCUGUGUGGAAACCUCCUGCUUGUUAUAUGGUUUAUUAAGUGGCCUAAUAGACCAGUUUGUUAUUUGCUGGUUUCAAGGUGACCAGCGGGGGCUUCUUAAGGGGCAGGACUUGCAUUUUACUGUCAUUCAGUCAAGGAAGAAAUAAUCUGUGUGUCCUGUAUAUAUUGAUGUAUGAUUCAUGGCCAUGUGUGAUUCUGUGUGUGACUAAUUUGUUGAUUUUUUUCCCCCACCUUCCUGAGAGCUGAUUGCUUGUUUCGUUGAAUCAUUUAAGUGAUUUUGUUUCACUCUUAUUUAAUAAUUAUGUGCAAUGUAUCAAGGGAUUCUAUUGUGUGAAUCAUUUUCAAUGAAGAUAACUUUUGAAGAUCA